CGCAGUUGCUCUCUUGUUCUUCGUUUUUUGGUCUGCGAAAUUAGAGAGCAGUGAAGCUGGAUUGGCAGGGGGACCCACAGCAGCAGCAGUCCCAUCCCCACGGGACUUGCUUCGAUCCUCACUACAUGGCCCACCAUCCUCCUCCUCCUAACCACCACCACCACGAUCCCACCGGCUUCCCCAAUCCGGUUCCCUUUUCCGUUCGCAAAAGGGCUUGGCUACACUCCAACCCUAGAGAUUGCUUUGAGAAUCCCAAUCAUGCUAAGCUUUAUGUGAGACAACUUUCCAGAACUGCCACCGAGGACGUUAUUCGAUCGUUGUUUGGACAAUUCGGAGACAUUGUCGAGGUUGUUAUGUUGAAGGAUAAGCUGACUGGCCGCCAACAAGGACAUUGUUUUGUCAAGUAUUCGUCAAUAGAUGCAGCAGAGAGUGCUAUCAGAGCUUUAAAUUGUCAGCAUUAUUUUCCUGGGGAAGGUAAUCCUAUCAUAGUCAGAUUGGCUGAUGGUGAAAGGGAACGCCUCGGGGUGCAAGACAGAUUGUAUGUUUGUGGUAUUCACCUAGAUGCUUCCAAUGAAGACAUUGCAGAAAUAUUUUCGCCUUAUGGUGUUGUUGAAGACAUCUACAUUUUGAGGCCCAAUCGUGGAUCCGGUUUUGUUAAAUAUUCCAGUGGAGAUAUGGCUCUGGCAGCAAUCAAAGCUUUAAAUGGAACCUUUGUUAUGAGAGGUUGUGCUCAGCCAUUGGCUGUUCGAUUUGCAGAUCCCAAGAAACCAAGGGAAAUAGACCGAAGGGGUAACUAUGUAUAUAGCAGUGCAGCUGGUGGUCUGUAUUCUCACGAACCAGUUAGGCUGGUACCUGAUCAUGUUGGAGGACAGAAUUUUCCAAAUGCACCUUAUCCUCCCCAACAAAUUUCACAACCCCCUAUUCCCUAUCGGGCCAACCAGGAACCACAGGUUUCUACUGUGAUGCAACCAACGUUUCCUCCAUUACAACCACCUUUACAGUUGUGCAGGAUGCCUAUACAACAAACCCAGAUUACUCCAAGAAGUUCUCAUUCUUCUUUAGCGGCAGUCACGGAGACACAUAAACAGCAUCUGAAACAAUCAUCUGGGCAAAUUCUCGGGCAGCAACAGAGUUCUCAGCAGACAUUUUCUGGCAAUUCUAUUGUUGCGUUGCCUUCAAGUAAUGAGACAACUACUUCUCUAGAGUGUGACUGGAGCGAACACACCUGCCCUGAUGGAUACAAGUAUUAUUAUAAUUGUGAAACUUGUGAGAGCAGAUGGGACAAACCUGAGGAGUUCGUUUUAUUUGAGCAACAGUUGCAGACAAAAACGCAACCAAAUAAUCCUUCUCAUCAUCUUCAAUCUGUGUUGGUUCCUUCUACGCAAAUAGUUUGUCAAAACCAGCAGGAAUCGAAUCAGGUGCAGUUGCAGUUGCAGUCGGAAACAAGUCCUGUUGUAGGCCCAACAUGUGUUUGACAGAGUGGUUAACAUCGCACACAACCUGUUCAUGUACUAUGGUUGGGUUAGAGCAUCAGUUGGCUGCUGGUAUAUUUGCCAAAUUCCAACGUUAUUGGUUAGCUCCUACCUCUGAAUUCUGCUUCGAUUGAGGAACAAGUAACUAAUUGAGGAGGAAUUAGACCAGCUAUAGGAAGGUGGCGAUGAAUACUUUCAGAUGGUAUUAGUGCCAUCUAAUCAACUUGUUCUUAUAAGUCAGUUAUGUAACAAGAAGAGAUGUAUCAACUGCAGUUUGCUGACGUAACUUUGACAGUAGUUUAAACAAGACUUUCUUGCCAAGCUACUGCUAUGUGUUCUCUGGGUUUAGAUGUAUGCAAUUCAGAAUUUCCAGA